CAAAUCAGCCAGUCAGCCUUGGAUAGUACUGCGCCGCAACAACCUCGAAAAGAUGUCUCUUGUAAACACCCGCUCUAGGGAUGCAAGGCACAUCCUUUACACCACAAUCACGAACAUUGGAAAAGAUAUACCCCACAGCUCUUGGUCGUUAAGCCGCUAAUUGUGCAUCAUGGCUCCGACAUCAAAACAGUCUAACGUCGCUACAAGUCAACGCCUAUUUCGAGAGAACCAUGUAAAGAAGCAGGCAACGCGUCGACGAGGCCAACGCGAUGGACCGCUCCGACCCCAACUGCGAUUCCUCACCGCGACCGAUCCGUCGCAUUUCAGAAAUGACGAGACGAGACGCAGCGUGCGUUCUCACGCAAUGUCAUAUCACCGGAACAAACCACGAAAAGAGGCUAGGCUACCUCAAGAAUGCUCCGAGGUACCAGCUACAAAGGAGUCUACUGCCUUAAAAGAACACAUCCUGCAGAAUGGUCGCAAUCAUGGAGAUGCACCAGGGGAACUAGAAGAUUGCUUGCAGCAGCAGCAGAUAAAUGAAACGAACCCAAUUACGCGUCGGCAUGCUCACGACAGCAUCACACUUGAACGCAUGUCACGAUCUAAUCGACAGCUGUCUGCUACACGCGCCCUGCUGACGCUGACUAGCCCCAAGGCCAAUCCAGACGACUGUGACUAUGUGGAGAGUCAAGAAGAGCGCAUCCUACGUCUAUUCACAACCCAAGUAACUACAUUAUGCCAGAUUGGAGAUGGUGUGGAUCCUUUUAGGGUCCUACCAAACUUCAAACAUCCGGAGGUCAACUCGCUCUUCCUCAAGCGACAUUGUAUCCGGACAUUUGCAAGUGAUUCGUUCCACGUCAAAUGGCUCCCUGUCAUGCUUUCUGAUCGCGAAGUCAUGCUCAGUUCUGCAAUCCUAGCUUCCGUUUGGCUAGACAUGCACUCGGAGAUUCCAGGCGAAAGCAAACAAACCGCCUUACUUAAGGACGAGAUUAUCGGUAUGGUUAAUCAGCGGCUACAACAGAAAAGCACUCGUUCGUCAGAUUCAACGAUCAUGAUAGUACUUCACUUACUCAUGGGUGAGAUAUCUGGCUCCAAUGAGAAGGCGCUUCGUGUACACGAGCGGGGUAUUGCAUAUUUACUUCAGCAUCGUGGUGGGCUACAGUGUUUGGGCAACGAAAUCUUGGCAGAGACAUGCACUGCGGUCUGCUAUCACGGUGACUUGAUCUGCGAAGCCGAGCCUCUACCUGAUCUCGCCAUUGAUCUACCAGUCGUAAAUCCAGCGGCUAUUGACGGUGAAAUACCCGAGUCGCCUAUGUUUUGCCCUAGAACAGACUUUACGACGAUUGCUAGCGACUCGCAUUGUUCAGCUUCGACGCGUGACUUACUUCGAGACAUGCGGGACUUAACCGAUCUCUUCAUUUCUCAAGAAGCCGCAUCUGAGACUGUUCGCGAUAAUUGCAAGAUAGACAUGGCCUAUUGGGAACAGCGCGACGCUGAGUACCGUAGUAGAGUCACUGUAAUACGCAAACGCUUGACUAGACUCCCCUCAGCACAUGUUCCAGAUCUCCCCACUUCCAAUGACUGGAUUUUCGAGGCCUGCCGUAUUACCGCACUCAUCUAUACCGCUUCCAUCAUAUUACAUCUACCUUUCUCUACUGCUGCUGACCCAUGCCGAAACCCGCUAGUGGCAGAGUCGGAAGCGUUCAACUGUCUGGGGUCCGACGCGAGCCAUGUCAAUACCCACUUGAGCGAAGUGUUGUUCAAAGCACUGCGUCGUACUGCUGUUGCAGAUGUGUGGGAAAAGAUGUCUGGUGUUUUGUAUUGGGUAAGUACCGUUGGCGCUGCAGCAGCUCGUUCGUCUGCUGGAGAUGAUGUUGAUGCCAAAUGGGUCCGACGGCAUCUCGUGAUUUACUCAACGCGCACAAUGGUCAAGCUGGUCUUUGAUCAUGCAAAGCCCAUCGUGUUGUCGCAGAAGAAGCUUCUCAAGAUACAGCAGCUCAUCAGCAGACCCGAUGGUCGUGACGUGGAAAGCGUCACUUAAAUCUCACCGCCAGUCAAGAGGCUGAGAUAAGGUCGGUAUACUUGACUUUCCAAUGGCGUUCAUGUCCUUUCAACACGAGGCAGACUGACUGGUGCACAAGUGCCAGGAUGCCAGUCAGCACGGGGACAAUUAUAGCGCUUAUUUUCUGGUCAAGGCAUGCGGUCUUUGUAAUGAUGUGCUCGAACAUUGAUAAUCUCAUAAAAGAAAUAAGGCUGUAUGAUUGGCUAUAUGAGGUCGCAGUUGUUGACCGAUAUGACGUUAUCUUGUACGUCUGUACAUGAGCUACUUCUAUUACCGAGCGAAUUUUCCACGUGGUAGCAUAUCGUCAACCCAUAUUGCCCGUACUGUAGAAUCGAGACAUUCAUUACAAGCG